CUCACUUGGACUGCUCGGCUCGUCAAGGCCCGAUCGUCUUUCUUCAUUAUCUCUUGGAUGUGAUGGAAGAGGUUCCAUGCUCCUUCAUGCCGUCGACGUCCCCUCAAAGUUGCGGUUGAGGGGUGAUAUCGCCGCUCCAACUCCAGAGCUCCAUGUUUUUUUCCACUUGCCGAACAAACACGAUGCGGAGGUGGGGUCUGAAGAUGUGGAUCACCGGCAGAUACUGUGAAAAUACACCUCUGGCCCCCGACCAUGACAUGUCCUUCGUGUCAGCACAAGAAGUCUAUCGAUUCUGGGUGUCGUGAUUAGGCAGAGAAAACCACAACCGCAGCACUUGAUCACCACUCUUGUCGCCAGUGUCGUUCUGCGAAAUGGCCAGCCAAUCCCAGCAAAGCCAGGACGUCUCGGUCCAGAUAGGCAACUUGGAGGUCCAGGGUCUGAUGAACAAAACAAACAAAGUUGCAAACUACCUGGGAAUCCAAUACGCAACUAUCCCGGCAAGAUUUCGCCAGUCCAAGCUCGUUGAUCACUCAGAGCAGAGCGGUGUCCUCGACGCAACUCAGUACGGACCCAGAUGUCCACAGAUCACAGUAAACCGACCGGAGACAGCGCACCUAUAUGAGGGUGUACGACGCAGUUCCGAGUAUCCUGUGGAUGAGUUUGGGUGCUUGCGGCUCAAUAUCUAUGUUCCCAAGGGCACCCUAGGUCCGUUGCCGGUGUUGGUUUGGAUCCAUGGCGGAGGAUUCAUCUUUGGAGAUGGCAACUCUGAAUUUGACGGAAACUACCUCGUGGAGCAUGCCUUGGAACAAGGAAAACCAAUUAUUUUCGUGGCAAUGAAUUACCGAUUAGGAUUCUUUGGAUUCCUCGCUUCAAAGGAACUGAGAGCAGAAGCGACUGCGAGCGGUGAAACCCCAUAUUCCAACAUGGCAAUGCAUGACCAACGAGUCGCUCUCCUGUGGAUACAAAAGCACAUCCAAUAUUUCGGCGGCGACCCAUCCAAUACCUGUAUUGCGGGUGAAUCUGCAGGUGGGUGGUCGGUGCUCGCACACCUGCGAUCGGACCUACCGGUUUGCCAAAGAGGUAUCAUUUUAUCGAGCCCCAACCUCGAUUUUCCACGACCGGAAGAGGCUCAGGAGACUUUCGACGAGCUUGUCGCCAGCACGGGGGUGUCACCUACUGCGUCUGCUGAGGAAAAGCUCACAGCUUUGCGUAAGUUGGACUCGAUGGAAAUAGUUCGGCUCAUGGUACCUCGAUUGGCUACACCGCUCUGGGACGACAAAUGGUUCGUGUAUCAAGAUGGCAACAGGCCUAUUGCAGGCCCUGCUCCAUUCGCGCCGUGGGUGAAGGGCGUCAUUGCCGGAUCCACCAAGAACGAAGCAGCACUCUUUGGCGUCACUCAAUGGCGAACUUGGUCCUCCCAACAAUUUGUGGAUCGUGUGAGAUCCUCCUUCUCAACUGCCGAGCUGGCCCAAGAACUGAUGGAUGCAUAUGGCAUCUCUUCAACGGCGCCUGCCGAGACGUGCCUCCAGGGGUUCAUUGAUAUGGCUAGCGACAGCAUCUUCUCCGGCUUGCCCUUCAUCAUCGCAGAAAUCCCCUCUGGAUCCUUGCCAAUUCAUCUCUACAGAUUCGACCAGGCCGACACAUUCAGCCAGAGCCCUCUCAAAGGAUAUGCCUAUCAUGCACUGGACAACUCGUUCUUCUGCCGACUACCAGCCGUUGCUGGUCCCGAUGCCGACCCGGAAGUGAGAGAAACAGCGAAUAGACUCUCUGCGGCGGUCAUCGAUUUUGCGCGUGGAACGCAACCAUGGGAGACAUACAGCUCGAAGCACAGGAUUAUGGUGUUCAAUGGUAAGGAGAGCGGUAUUGUGGAGCUCAAGGACAAGGACCGUUGGAGGCGGAUUACCAUGUCAGGAGACCUGGCGAGAGCGAAGGGAACGUGGAGGUCUGGCAAUAAGCUGCUGGGCAUCCGCCACAGUUCGAUGGAUCGAGCGUAAGUGGGUGUAGCCACAAGCAUGGUCGGGCCAAAGUCGAUAGCAUUAUCACUUUUCCAGGGCAAAAGAACGACAUGA